GCGAAAUAAUUGUCUUUUUUCUACUACUUUGAGAAUUUAAUGUUUAAAAUGAGUGUUAGUGUAUAUAUAUAAUUAAACUUGCAUAUAGUUCAUAUGGAAAAUCGUUUUUAAUAUUAAGUGGUUUCCUCAAUGUAAAAUUAACGCCACUCACAUUCACAGCAUCUUCAUGUUUUUAACUUCCUGCAUGAGAUGAUAGACGCAUGUCCUAGAGAUUUUAAUGUAUUAAAAACAACUAGAAAUCGGCAAUGGAUUCAGGAACGGAAUGGCUUUGUGAAAUACUACGCAAUGUGCAGCUGGAACAGUUUUAUUUACCAAUUAGAGACCAGUUGCAGAUAACAAGGCUGGCGCACUUCGAUUAUGUUCAUGCAGAUGAUUUAGAGAGAAUUGGUAUCAGUAAACCAGGUAUCCGCAGACUGUUUGAUGCAGUUAGAAAAAAGAAAUUGUUAUUAUGGAAUCGAAAAUUUUGGAAUAAGCUGUUCGGUUCAUCUUCAAGUUCAGUUUCUAGAGAAAAAACAGACUUACCUGUGAAACCAAUACAGCAGACUGAGCAACGAACAACCUGUAUAAUCUUGGAAAAGGAUAUUAUUCUGCAUAAUGAAUUAGGAAAUGGAUCAUUUGGAGUUGUUAAAAAAGGAGAGUGGAAAGUAUCUAAUCAGCCUGCACAGACAAUACCUGUUGCUGUUAAAGUAUUGAAAGCUGAUGCUUUCUCCCAACCUGGGAUCUAUGAUGACUUUCGGCGAGAGGUAGAAGCAAUGCACAGUUUGAACCAUCCCAACCUUAUCAAACUUCAUGGAGUGGUGUUUCAUCCCUUGAUGAUGGUGUGUGAACUCGCUCCAAUGGGUGCCUUAUUGGAUUACAUUAGAAGUCAAAAUGGCAAAGUUUCCUUGAAUUAUAUAUCAAAAUGGUCAAGCCAAGUAGCAGCAGGUAUGGCCCAUUUGGAAAACAACAGGUUUUUACAUAGAGACUUGGCAUGUAGAAAUAUUCUCCUCUCCACAUUAGAAUUGGUUAAAAUAGGCGAUUUUGGUCUAAUGCGAGCACUGCCAGACGCAGAUGACUGCUACGUAAUGAGUGAGAGGCGACGCGUGCCGUUUCCAUGGUGCGCGCCUGAGUCGCUUCGUUCGCGCCAGUUUUCACACGCUUCCGAUGUAUGGAUGUUUGCCGUAGCGCUGUGGGAAAUGUAUACAUUUGGUGAAGAGCCUUGGAUAGGUUUGAAUGGAUCGGAAAUACUCCGAUUAAUCGUGCGUGAUGGUCAACGGUUAGCGGCUCCGAAUGCGUGCCCACCAGAUGUCUAUAUGUUAAUGAUGCAAUGCUGGGAUCUAAUACCGAAGGAACGGCCAACAUUUGCGGGCAUACUGCGGUAUAUGGAGACAAAUAAAUUUGAAACUGCUAUCGCUGCUCUUAGCUACAAAAGACAAGGUCAAAUGACAAUAGAAGCCGGCGAUGCAAUAAUUCUCAUAGACAAAAGGCCCGAAUUACAUUGGUGGAAAGGACAGAAUCAACGGACACUUGAUGUGGGGCUCUUCCCGAGUACAUUGGUGACGACUGCUAAAAAUAAACAUGUUCCAAGUGUAACUGCAAAGAAGUCACAAACGUUAUCACCGGUUCGAAAAGUGUCAGAUCUAUCACCAUCGACCGCUACAUCGAACGGUUCAGAGGAUCUGUACCGCAAGCGUCGCACCAUCGAGUCGACGCAACCGCCGACCACGCGUGCCAACAACACCGGCAGCAAACAUUUCAACUACAAUAAACUAGUCAACGAUAGAACUAUCAAGUCUGCAGAGAGGGUGUCUCGCUCCACUAGAGAUAACUAUUCAAAAAGUUAUAAUCGAGUUCCAGUAAAAGAAGACCUGUUAAUCGAUUUGGAUUUACCACCGUCAACUCGACUUAGCACGCCGACAAAGAAACUUACUAUGAACAAUGUGUCUAUACUUGAUGAGCCAAUUGAUGUGCCAGAAGUAGGCCAAGAUUCAGAUUGGAGUGAGCAGAGUAUUGAAAGUUUGCCGUCAUAUACUACGAAUUCUCAAAAUGCCCAAAAUUAUACGAAUCUCUAUGGUGCUAGGUCUUUAGAUAAUUUAACAAUACCAAAUAAUGCUCCGUCGGUCAAUGCUCAGCAUGAUCCGUUCGAUACGUCACAAUUCUGGCCGACCUCAAGCCAAGGAAGUACGAGGUCGAAUUAUGAUAUUAAUUUUACUCAACAGAAUCAUGUUGAUACAAAUAGGUAUUCUACGAACAAUGCAGCUUCUACUAGUACUGAUAUUAGUCAAUUAUACAAUAAUAUGGCAGCUGCGAGCACAAGUAGCAGUGUUUAUGGCGCAGUACCAGCCACAACUUAUGCAAAUGCAAAUUCCGAUUCUACGGAACGAAAUAUUAAUAAACUAAAUGUUAUGUCACUAGCUAACAUGUCACUGGAUGACAGAAUCUCGGAGUCAUUGAAUCUUAGGUCGAAGAAUACAAAUAAUGAAAAUAUAUAUUCAAAUAGUAGUGUCUACGGCGAUCCGUCCACAUCGGCAGAGGUUGCAAGCAACGGCGCAAAUGAAAGCAAAUAUAGUGACAUUCCCAUUUAUAACAAUUUUGAUAUGAAUCCCGCCCAACAACAGUUUCUAUUGGAAACUAAGGAUUACUACACAAAAUUUUCUACAACCUCCAAUGUAAGAACGAUGAACGACUACGAGAAAAAUAUUUACAUACCAAAAUUCGAAGACGAGGGGGAGAAAUUGCAAAAUUUCAGUGACUCGAUGCACAAUUCAAAAAAUUACUCAGCUCUCAAAUAUCAGAAUGUAGAUUAUAAUAAUUAUUCGACGUAUGGUAGUAAUUACAGUGCGAACGGUUCCGCGGCACGCAUGCAAGCGACGUACGAUGAAGUGAACGAUACAGCUAGUAGCUUUUACAGUGAAAUUAGCGAAGCAAGUAAUCAUGAGCGUUACGGAAGUACGCACGCCACAUAUGCAAACGCCGGUCUCUAUGACGAAGUGUAUGAAGAUCCCAUCCCGCGGCCGCAUCGCCCUGCCCCACCAUGUCCCUCCAAACCUAAAUAGUGUUCCAAUCUCAUAAUAAUUAUUAGUCAUUGACAUAUUAUAUACUGACGUAUUAGAUAUGACACUGUAUACUGAAGUAUCAAGAUGCUCCAUACGUGGGGAAUCAGACGAAAGUUAUACUUCUUCAUUCGUUUAUUUUACAUUAACUAGUCAAAAUGACUACGCCUUGUUUGAUAUUAAGUAGGCAAUGUGGUCCAAAUAUAUUAUUCCCUCACUUGAGAUUGUUAUCAUAUACACAUGAUGACCAAAGCGUUCAUGAGAUGUCAAGUGCUGUCCUGGGAAAUUACUUUUAACACCAGCAGACAUCUUUUCACGCCCUAUUAAAAUAUAAAAUAAGUAUACUCUACUGAGUUCUGAUAACUGACUAAAGUGUAUUAAUAAAUAGCACUGGAAUUAACAUUGGUCUACUAUAAUAUGUUCCUACAUACAAUACCUCAAUAGUAAUCAGUCAUUAGGUACCCAAACAUUUAUGAUUGAUAUUGUCAUUGUGCCUUUAUAUUAUUCAUAAGUUUUAUGAAUUAUUCUUAAAAUAUAUAUACGAUGUUUGCAUUAUGCACGCCAUACUGCAUGGAAUGUAGUUAAAUCUUUUUAACACAAGCAGCUCAAAUUAGCUUGGAUGUUCAAUUUGAAUACAAUUUAAGAAAGGUAUCUGUUAACUCUGCUAUACACAACUUAUUAAUUAAUAUAAUACUAAACUUUCUACAAACCCAAUUCACUAUUGCAGUAUUUUGUAAAUUACUUUCAAAUUAAGCAAGUAGUUAGAAAGAAGAAAGACAAAACAGUUCAAAAGCGUGCUAAAAUAAGUUUAUUAGACUUCUUGCGUUUUUAUGAAUAAUAACUAUAGCAUUUAAGCAUUUUCCUAGUGACUUUAAAAAUCUUUACAUUUUUGUUCACUCUUUAUUUAGAAUAGUUAAUGUUAUAUUUUUUAACACGUGCUAUGUAAUAUAUAUAUAGUGUCAAAAUGUGAUUGGUUAAAAAAAGUAUUAGUUAAUAUUUAUCUUUUUUAAGAUAUAUUAUUAAUAUGGCAGUGUUUAGUCCUUGUGAUAUUAAUUUCGAAAUUAUUUUAACAAUUUAGUUGAAAUUAAAGCCUGGUUUUACUUACGGUAAUUUAAUAUGUUAUAAUACUAUAUUCUAGAUGUUUCAAUGUGAAGUGAAUUGUAAUUUUAGUUAAGGCAAAUGAUUCAAAGAUUUUGUAUAUUAAUUGUUUUUAAGGCUUUUGGAUCACAUAAACAUAUUAAUAUUCUUGAAAUCUAUCAGUAUAAUAUUGAAUAGAAAACAUGUCUAAUAUUAAUUUUAAUCAAUAACAUGGCUUUUUAGUUAUCUAAAAUACUCAAUUCUACCUGAAGCUGGACUAGAUUAUUAACGUAUCCUAUAUGUCCUAAUUGGAACAUAAAACUCCACAUCAAAUUUGUCUUUAAUACAAAUUAGAAAUAAGUUGCCGUAUUGAUGUUAAUUUUAUAUCAUUUCAAUGGAACAUCACGAUGGUGCCUCACCACUAAGUACCUGUUAGUUAAGUUCACACUUAUCUCGAAUUAUUCUAAAUUCUGCCUAAGUUAGUUAUUCCGCAUAUUGUAUUAACACUUUUCACUAUGAUGAUUAUUGGUUAUAAACAGGAUAAUGUUAAUUAACUCCUCAUUACAUAGCCAAAUCUCCAAUAAUUAUAAAACACCAUUUAACUUAAUUAUUGAGAAGCGAGCUUGCUCGACACGUGGCUCUGAAUUAUUUAUACUCAAAAAAGUGUGGAGAGCUCGAAUAUUAUAUUCACGGUAACAGUAAUAGUUUAUAGAUCGUCUAAUUAUUGAUUAUGGUCGUGAUAUUUAUAAUACUUUUGUUUAUGUUUUACAAAAUAACGAUACAACAACAAUAUUACAAUACAUUUUAUAAAAAACUACUCAUUGUAAAAAUACGCAGAUUUUCGCAAUACUACAGCUAUCUACGUUUUUAUACUAGGCUGGCAGUUAAUAUGAUAAUUAGCAUUAUAAAUUGU